AUGUAUGGAUACGAAACCGCUUUUAUCGUGCAGUCAGCCACACGCCAAGAAGCUUAUGCUCCACAAAUAAUGCAACCUGAGUCAUCACAAACGUUUGCCGUCUUGCGAAACAGGCAAAGGAAUCCCAAUGCCCAACAGUGGAAACGCAAGUACGAGGAGACUGAUAGUGGAUGGAACCAGCAGAAGAAGCGGGAUGCAAAUUAUGAUGAAUAUCGCGGUCGAGGACGUCGAUCACGCUGUUCCAAAUGCAACAGGCUGUUUCACAAAUUCGGGUCCUGCCCGGCACUUAACAACAAGUGUAACUCUUGUGGCCAGCGUGGCCAUUUCGCACAAAUAAACACUAUUUCUUUAACGGAUGCACUGAUCGAUUGUCGGGUAGGAUCCUCCAAACCGAUACGCUUCCUGAUAGAUUCAGGAGCGGAUGUCAAUACUAUUGGUGGCGAUGACUGGAAACGAUUAAAGCAUGAACUCCAUACGGGCACAGCCAACCUAAAACCAAUCCAGUUGUCGAGUGACAACGAACUGCGCCCUUACGCGUCGAAUAAGUCCAUUGGCGUUACGUGCGCAUUUAGGGCUAAAAUAGAAGUGGUAGGCUGGCAAAAACCAGUAAUCGAUGCUGAUUUCUUAGUUGUUAGCGAAGGAACUCGCUCACUGCUGGGGCGGUCCACAGCAAGUGAUCUGAAAUUGUUGAAAGUUGGGGUAACCGUCAACAACUGUGAAACAUCGAAGCGGCUACCCAAGUUUCCAAAAGUACCGGGCGUUCGAGUGAAGUUUUGCGUUGACAGGAGCGUCCCUCCGACGAAAAAUGCUUACUAUAAUGUACCCGCUGCUUUUAGACAGAGUGCGAGAGCUAGGCUCGCGGAAAUGGAAAAACAGGGUAUCAUAGAGCGUGUAACAACAGCACCCGACUGGAUUAGCGGCAUGUCGGCGGUUCCAAAAGGCAAAGGAGAUUUUCGCCUGGUUGUAAACAUGCGAGCACCAAAUCGAGCAAUUAAACGCGAAUAUUAUCGCCUACCAUUGCUAGAUGAGAUGAGAGUUAAGCUCCAUGGGGCCAAAUAUUUUUCAAAACUUGAUCUUACAAACGCAUUUUACCAUUUGGAAUUACAUGAGUCGUCGAGGGAUUUAACAACUUUCAUGUCGGAAAAUGGCAUGUUUCGGUUUACCCGGCUAAUGUUUGGGGUAAAUUGCGCCCCUGAAAUUUUUCAGCGCGAAAUGACGAAGAUACUCGAAGGAGUAGAGAAUAUUAUUACAUACAUAGAUGAUAUUCUCAUCUUCGGGGAUACGUUGGAGCAACUUCGCAAAACUACAUCCCAAGUGUUGAGGAUCCUGAGGCAGAAUAAUUUAACGGUAAAUACUGGUAAAUGCGAAUUCGAUCAGACUAGAUUAAAGUUUCUGGGCUAUGAGGUUGAUGAAAAUGGUUUUAACAUCGAUGAAGCGAAAGUAAAGAACAUUCGGAGAUUCCGACAACCUAGCACGAUUUCCGAACUCCGAAGCUUCCUGGGCUUGGCCUCGUUCCUAAGUCCGUAUAUCCAGGGUUUUGCCGAUCUCGCGAGGCCAUUAUGGGCGGUCACUAGCAAUAGUGUUUGGUCCUGGAACGAGGAACAAACGAAGGCUUAUGAGUGCCUUAAGGAUCGCAUUGAACAAUGCACAACCUCCCUAGGAUACUUUUCGGAAACAGACAAAACAAUUCUAUACACGGACGCCUCCCCAUAUGCUCUGGGGGCUGUUCUCAUUCAGGAUGACGGUAGAAAACCUCCACGCGUUAUAAGUUUCGCAUCAAAAGCUCUGACAACGACCGAGAAGAGGUAUCCACAAAACCAACGCGAGGCUUUGGCUGCAGUGUGGGCGGUGAAGCAUUUCGCCUAUUUUUUGCUUGGAAGACCUUUCACACUUCGUACCGAUGCGCAGGGCUUCACGUUUAUCCUAAAUAGAUUACGCGAAGAUUCCAAGCGAGCGUUAAACCGUGCAGAUGGCUGGGCUCUUAGACUUAGUCCAUAUAACUUUAACGUGGAAUACGUGCGUGGAAGGGAAAAUAUUGCGGAUCCGUCAUCAAGGCUUUACGCUGGCACCGAUGGUCCUUUCGAAGAAGAGAUAAGCCCGUGGGAAGUCGCAUCACUUGAAAUGAAUCAAAUUCAAUUCUUAACCGAGGACGAAAUUAAACAUGCUACAUUUGUGGAUGUACAGCUUAAAAAGGUAAUCGAUGCUCUUGAAACGGGAGUUUGGCCUAAGGAAUUGAGACGAUUUGAAGCGCUUGGUAGUGAUUUAACGAUACGUGACGGGAUUUUGGUUAAAACCGGGUGCGCGAUCAUACCGGAGAAUCUUCGCCAUAAAACGCUAACAAUCGCACAUGAGGGCCAUCCGUCAGUUGCCAAAUUUAAAAGCAUACUAAGAGAACGCGUUUGGUGGCCUGGCAUGACAAAGGAUGCUGAAACUUGGACAAAUUCAUGUGCAGUUUGUGUAACCAAUGGAAGACCCGAAAGGCCGACUCCUAUGAUGAGAGUCUUUGCUCCUGAUACCGUAUGGGACACGAUCGCUCUAGAUUUUAACGGUCCCUAUUCUAAGUUCGGUAAUGUUUUAAUUCUGGUCAUCGUUGACUAUCGCUCCAGAUACAUAAUAGCUAAACCGGUAAAAUCUACUAGUUUUGAGCAUACGAGAAGCAUAUUGGACGAAAUCUUCGAGAAAGAAGGAUUUCCAGCGCAUAUUAAGUCGGAUAAUGGUCCCCCUUUCAACGGGGAAGAGUAUAGACAGUAUUGCCUUGAGCGUGGCAUUGAUAUCAUCUUCUCCACACCAUUUUAUCCUCAGCAAAACGGAUUGGCCGAGAGCUGCAUGAAACUAAUAAAUAAGGCGAAGGCAGCUGCGUCUUCAAGUGGGGCAAAUUACCGUGAUGAAUUGAAGGCCGCGAUCUGUGCUUACAACUCUGCUGCACAUUCCAUCACGGGGAUACCACCAGAGGAGGUAAUGACGGGAAGGAAAGUCAAACGCGGGCUACCUCUUCUAAACCGUAGUAAAGCAACAUUUGACGACAACUUACUAAAUUCGAGAGAUCGGAAGUCUAAGCUAGAAGCCAAGAAGCGAGAAGAUGCUAAACGAGGAGCGCGUAAGUGUCAAGUAAAACAAGGGGAUAUGGUAGUUGUAGAACGCCAGGUUCGCGCAAAGGCAGAGUCGCGAUUUAACCCUUGCAAGUACACUGUGAUAGAGGAGCGUAAUGGAAUGCUCGUUUUAAGCGAUGAAAAUGGACAAAUACUGAAAAGACACGUGUCACAAGUCAAGAGAGUUUAUGAGUGGAGGGAACCUAAAGCCAUCGGAUCUAAGGAAUCUAUCAGCAUUGAUCCAUCGAUAGGUCCAUAA